AUGGUCAAAAUCGCAAUUGCGGGCGGCACUAGUGGCGUCGGCCAAGAAGUCAUUGACGCCCUGGUCGAAACAAAAAGACACGAGGUUCUCCUUCUUUCCAGAAAGGACGCCCCGUCCAUCAUUCUCCCCGAUUCCAUCACCUGGAUCAAAACAGACUACGCCGAGACUGAACAACUCGCCGAUAUCUUAAAGGGCGUACACACUGUGUUGUCCUUUGUGAUUGAACAAGACAGCGAAACGAGUCCUGUCCAGAGACGGCUUAUUGACGCCUCGAUCGCGGCUGGAGUGAAGAGGUUUGCGCCGAGCGAGUGGGCUUCUUCAACAUUCGACCACCUCCCUUGGUACACCUACAAAUCGUCGAUAAGAACGUACCUGUCCGAGGUCAACCGAGAGAAGCAAAUCCUCGAGUACACUCUUUUCCAACCCGGUCUAUUUACAAACUACCUCGCCGCGCCCUACAAGACAACGCCCCAUAUCUCUCUCUUAGAAAUGCCAAUUGACUUUUUCCACCGCCGCGCUAUCCUCGUCGAGGGCGCGGAGAACGCACCCAUAACCUUAACAACAAUCGCUGACUUCAAGGCUGUCUUUGUGAGAGCGAUUGAGUAUCAGGGUGCUUGGCCUGUUGUUUCGGGAAUAGCUGGGAGCACGCUGACCCUCGGCGAGCUUAUUGCGCUCGGCGAGAGGGUCAGAGGGGGCAAGUUCAGUAUUGAACGGGUGAAAAGGGAGGACUUCCUAGCUGGCAAUUGGGAGACGAGUUGGGUGCCGAGAAAUGAGCAUCCUUCGAUCCCGAAAGAGAUGGUGGACGAGUUUGCGAGACCGGCAACGAAAGGUAUUUCCUUGGGAUUGGCAGAUGGGGCGUUUGCCAUACAGGGGGUUUGGAAUGGCAACCUGGAUGGAUUCGCAUUUGAGGGCGCGGAGGAAUUUCUAGGCCGUAUCUGGAAAGGAAAGGAUUAG